GGUUCUGCCUUUGACCGCCGAGUGGCGCCACCGUCUGCCCGUCGACCGUCCUCGUGGGUCCGCCGAUCCGGCGACAGUGUACGGUGAAGCGCCGCCGUCGCCGGGCACACCUCUGCCCCAGUUUGGUACUCCAGAGUGUACCGUGGUCUGGCUGCGUCCGCGGCCUUCUGAGAGUCCAGCACAGGAGGGUCCUAGCGACGGUGCAGCAUGGCUCGGCCGUCCGAUGUGCCCGCCGCCGCCGCCGCCGCCGCCACUAUGCUGGCUAUCUUCCUGUGUAGUACAGGGGCUGUGGCUGCCGGUGACACGGCCUGUGACCGCGAGACCAUGCACCGGUGCACCUCUCCACUGCGAGUGCUCACAGACAACAGAGACCUGGGCUUCGCUGCCUCCCGGCGCGAGCUGGCCAGGAUGUGUCCGACUCUGAUGGAGGGAAUGGAGUGUUUCGACAAUUUCACUGCCGACUGUCUGGAGCCCCACCAGCGGUCGUAUUUUCUGACGCUGUACACGGGCACCCGGCUCGUCAUCUCGGACCUGUGCGCCGAGGGCGGCUACCAGUCAGAGUACCUGCUGCACGCGCCGUGCAUGCGCACCGUGCAGCGUGGCUACGAGGUGUGUGCCGACGAGUAUCUCUCGCAGAUGGACAGGAUUGGCCCGGGCGCCACCGACGACAGCGGCGAACACUCGUCGGCACACCAGAUCCGCAAACUCUGCUGUUCUUUCAAGAGCUACCUGCACUGCUCACAGCAGGCCGUAGUACACAAGUGUGGCAUCGGCACUUCAAACUUCACCAAAAACUUUUUAGAGCGGCUGGCGGGACCACUGGUGGCGACACACUGUUCGGGCUUCAUUCACGGCUCAGAGGUGUGCAGGAGCGGCGCCGGCUCGGUGCGGGCGCUCCUCGCCGGCUGGAUGGCCGUCCUGCCGGCCAGCGGUCUGCUGCUGCUGCUCGGCAGGCUGGCCACAGCGUAAUGCGCGCUCCGCUGC